AUGAUCAACGACUCGCCCGCUUGGAAAGCGCUGGAAGCGCACGCGGCCGAGAUCCAGGCCACGCACCUGCGCGACCUCCUGGCCAACGACGCGCGCAACGCCGCCAUGCGCACGCACCAGGAGGGGAUUUACCUGGACUUUUCCCGUCAGAACGCGACUCCCGAGACACUUGAUCUGCUGCUGGACCUCGCCAAAGCUGCCGAAGUGACCAAGAAACUGCAGGCCAUGGCGUCCGGAGAGCACAUCAAUAGCACCGAGGACCGGGCAGUGAUGCACAUGGCUCUGCGCGCUCCCAAGACGCGCUCGCUGCUCGUGGACGGCCACGACGUGGUCCCUCAAGUGCACCAAGUGCUGGAUAAUAUCCGGAGAUUCACCACCAACGUGCGCAGCGGCGCGUUCGUUGGCGCGACGGGCAAACCGCUCAAGCACGUGAUUUCUGUGGGCAUUGGGGGCAGUUACCUCGGCCCUGAGUUUGUGUUUGAAGCGUUGCGGCACGAGCCAGUGGCUAAAGGAGCAGCAGCAGGUCGGACGCUUCGCUUUUUGGCCAAUGUGGACCCAGUGGAUGUAGCGCGAGCGACGAGUGGGUUGGACCCAGAAGAGACGCUGGUGGUUGUCGUGUCCAAGACCUUUACCACUGCAGAGACGAUGCUGAAUGCCCGGACGCUGCGGAAAUGGAUUGUGGACGAGCUGGUGGCAAAAGGAAGCUCGGAGGCUGAAGCUGUGGCCAAACAUAUGGUGGCGGCGAGUUCGGCCGUGCCACUCGUGCAGGACUUUGGCAUUGCUCGAGACAAUAUCUUUGGCUUCUGGGACUGGGUUGGUGGACGCUAUAGUGUCACGAGUGCUGUGGGGAUCUUGCCUCUGGCGCUGCAGUACGGCUAUGACGUCAUGGAACAGUUUCUGGCAGGGGCCCACGCAAUGGAUAAGCAUCUGCUGGAAGCUCCUCUCCGCAGCAACCUGCCCGUGCUCAUGGGUCUAUUCGGUGUUUGGAACUCGUCGUUCUUGGGUCACAGUUCCCGUGCGCUCCUGCCGUACUCGCAAGCACUGCUGCGGUUUGCUGCUCAUAUCCAGCAGGUUGAUAUGGAAAGCAAUGGCAAGCGGGUGAGUAUCGAAGGCGUCGAGCUGCCGUUCCAGACAGGCGAGGUGAACUUUGGCGAGCCAGGGACCAAUGGCCAACACAGCUUUUACCAGCUUAUUCACCAGGGUCGCGUCGUGCCCUGUGACUUUCUGGGCUUCUGUGAGUCGCAGAAUCCCGUGCAGCUGGCAGACCAGCCCGUGUCGAACCACGACGAGCUCAUGUCCAACUUUUUUGCUCAGCCAGACGCUUUGGCGCGUGGCAAGUCACUCGAGGAUCUCAAGGCCGAGAACGUGGCUGAGGACUUGCGUAACCACAAGCUGUUCCCGGGCAACCGUCCGUCGAUCUCGCUGCUUUUUAAAAAGCUAGACGCCUACUCGGCCGGUCAGCUGCUGGCUCUGUACGAGCACCGCACGGUGGUACAAGGUGCCAUAUGGGGCAUCAACAGUUUCGAUCAGUGGGGCGUUGAGCUCGGCAAGGUACUUGCCAAACAGGUGCGUGCUCAGCUCAGUGCGUCGCGCAAUGAGAAUGCACCCGUCGAAGGCUUCAACAGCGCCACCACCAGUAUGCUCGAGGCCUAUCUGGCCCACAAGUCAUAA